CAAAUAAAACUAAAUUUUCAUAUUAUCAAUUUUACAUGGUGUAUUUGAAUAAUUAUCCAUCCAUUGUUAUUAAACUUGCAAAUGAUGAUAAGAAGUAACAGCACUUACUGUAGUAUACUGCAUAAGUUUAGGCUUGUUUUUACAAGCAAACUAACAAAGCUGGUUUUGGCUUACAGACCAUUCAGCCAUAUUUUUGAAGAACAGAAGCAUUGGCAUGGUCUCUACACAUUUAUAGUGAGAAAACAAAUGGAAAAUUUCAUUUAAUAUUUGGUGUACCAUUGAAAAAAAUCACAUAAGACAAUAGAAAUGAAUAGAUUCAAGUGGAUACAUUGUAACCAACAUACAGCAACAUAAUAUGUAAAUAUGUCUGUUAAUCACAACAACUUUAGACUUUCAAUAAAUGAUAGAAUCAGAUUGUCGAUAGAUCAGUUUGGUUUAAUAAAAUAUUUCAACACAACAUGUUUCGGUCCUUUACAGCCGUCAUCAGGCAUAUAUAAACAAUAAAAUGCUUUCAUGUUCAUUACUAACCUGCAUGACAAUGGAUCCAUUGCUCAAGGCAUUGGAAGGCCAGGUUGCUGUAUUGCGUAAGCGAGAGGUGGAGAGCAGGAAUGAACUUUCUCAGUAUAAACAGUCUGCUGAAUCUUGUAAAUAUAAACUUGAGAAGAAGAUCCUCCUCCAGCUUCAAGAAGAAUAUGCCCGAUUCUUUCACCAGUUUAAACAGAUGGAGCGUACACAUACGAAAUGUGCAGCUGGAGAACAGCGAAUAUCGGAAUUGGAGGCAGAGUUAGCACUUUCAACUGAAGCAGCAGCAUCACUCAAAGACUAUAUCAAAUUGCUUGAAGAGAAAGUAGUCAGAGUUACAAAUUUAAAGCAUCAAGUAGAACUCGAUGAACACCGCCUUACUCAGGCGCAGCAAAGGAUUAAGGAAAGAGACAGCUAUCGGUCGCAACUGGACCUGUACGAGAAGGAAUUAACAAUAACUUCUUCAUCAGGAUUUGUGAACUCUCAGCAGCAACAGCAGAAGUCACAAAUAGAGGCAUUGGAGAAGACAAUUGAAGGAUUCCAUGAACUGGUUGAGAAGUUGGAGGCGGAUCUAGGAAAACGGUGAAAGGUUCAGGUGUCCAGGUCAGUGAAAGAAUCAGUAAGUUGGAGGAAGAGAUAAAUUCUUUGCAACAAGAGAAGGAACAGCUGAUGAAACGCAGGGAUGAUGAGUUGGAGGUGGAGCUGGAGUGCAGGGCCCUGAAGGGUGAUUUCAGUCCUGUGAAGUCCAAGGUUUUGCACUUCAGGUAAGACGACAGUAGAAGUUCU